AUGCAGAAAGAUGAACAAUAUGUGACUAAUUUUUAUAUCGAAAAAUAAAUAAAAAUAUUAAAACCUCAUCCUAUGGCUAUUAAAUUUGCUACCGACAUCUUGUAAAACUACUAUUAAUUGUAAGCAGUAAAAAAUUACAUUAUCAAUUUUUAGAGAGAAUCCAUUAAAACUUUGCAAUCAUCACUACUUAAUAUUUAUUAGUUUUUUUAACUAGAUUAAUUUGAAGGAUCAUUAGAUAUUAAUAACAAAAUAAAUACUUUACUUGACGAAAUUUCAAAAAUUGAUGACAACUCCAUUAAAAAAAUUAUAUUUCGACGUUCAUCCCCAAGAAAAUCAUUAGCAAAGUAAUUUUAUUUUUUUAUUUAAACUUAAUUAGAUCUUUUAAAUUGUUAUCUUUAAAAUUAAGAAUAAGUUUUGAUGUUAUCAGUGAAAAUUGGGUCAACAAAUAAAUAUUUCUUAAUCAAUUAAGAUGGUCAUGUCAAUGUAUAAAGAACAUACAAAAGUACAUCUACUUUUAGUAAAAAGUUAAUUGAAUCAAGAUGUAAAUAGAGUAGCAAAAAACCAAUUAAAAAUGUUUAUCUGCAGAAUUUGUGAAUAAUAAGUAUAAGCCAAGGAUAUGACUCAACAUUGUAUUUAAUGUGAGAAAAUUGCAGAAAGCAAAAAAAGAUUUAUUGAGUUGAAUUUAGAAUUAGCUAAUUUAUGUGAUUAAGCAUAUUAAGAAAAACGAAAUGUUUAAGUUAAGUUAGCUAUCAAAAAGUAAGAAUUUAAAAAUAGUUUACAAGAAUGAAAGAUAAAAAUAAAUUAAGGCAGUAUAGGAAUACUUAAUAUAUAUUUAGAAGAGUAUAGACUUUAGAUGAUUAAGAUGAGGAAGAUGAUGAAAAAGGAGAAUACCAAUAAGAAUAAAAUUAUAUAGCAAAUAUAAUGACACAAAUUAUAAAUUUUGCUGAAAAAACAUUAAGUAAUGAAGUUGAGAUUGAAGAUACAAAAUGUAAUAAUUAUUGAAUCUUAAAUGUUUAGUGACUCUAGUAUUAAUGAAUGAUUUAGUAAGUUCAACUGAAUAUAUUGAGAAUUAGGAUGCUUUGACAAUAAUUAAUUCAACUCAUAAAUGUUUAUUAGAACGACUCGAAUAUCAUAAAAAAUAAGAAAGUUAUAAGAAUAUUAAAAACUAAUAAUAAUAAGAUUAAUCAGAGGAUAGUAUAAUUAAAAUAAGAAGAGCUUUUACAAAAUCUAAUUCUAUUUCUUUUAGAAUUCCAAAAUUUUAAAAUACUCCUUCAUCUCCUUCAUAAAGGAUAUCAACUGAUCCAAUUUAAGAAGAAGAUGAUUCACCAACUUAUCCUUAAGUGAAAUCUUCAUAAAAAAUUAUACCAUAAAGAAGAGGAUUUAGAAUGAAUUCUUCUAUAUUUAAGGUUAGUGAUGGAUCUGAAUCACCUAAAUCAUUAAAAAAUAUAUUAAUACCAUAAAAUUAAUCAAAAUCAAGUAGUUUUCAUAAUGGUGAUACAAAUUAAUCAUUAAAUUCAAACAAUACAGAUAAUAAUAAGAUUGAUUCAAUUUAGAAAAAUUCAAAUUUUGAUAAUAAAAAUGAAUAACGUGAUUAAUAAUCUCCUACUUUAAAAAAAUUAUCUUAAUUUAAAUCAAAUCUGGAACUUCUUAAUGUUUAAUAAAAAUAACCAUCAUUAGAAGAAAUUAGUCCUAAUAUAGAUAAUUUAAAUCCAUCAAUAAAAGAAGGAGAUAAUUCAUCAAAUUUAUCAAGCAUUGAAUCUGGAUAAAAAUCUAAUUCUGCAACUAAUAAUGAUUCAAGUUCUUUAGCUUUAUAAAAAAGAUAAUGUAAAAAAAGGUCUAAAUAAAAGUAAAACUUUCAUUCUUAAGAAAUUGAAAAAAUGCAAUAAAGUCAUAAAAUUUAACCUAGAAAGAGUAGAUUCUAUGAAAAUUAGAUAUGUAAAUCUCCCACAAUAUUGCCUGAUUAUGGAUUAGAUGAAAUUUAAAUUGAUAAAGGAUAUCAUUCAGAUUCAAAUUUAAUUAAAACAGCAAUUCCAUCAUAAAAUUAAUCAUCCUAAGUAGGAAUUAAAGAUUUUGAAUUUAUAAAGCCAUUAGGAAAAGGUGCAUAUGGAUGGGUAUUUUUAGUUAAAAAGAAAGCAUCAGGUGAUUUAUAUGCAUUAAAAAUAAUAGAUUGUGCUUAAAGAGUAAUUAUAAUUAAUAUUUAGAAUUUAGAGGCAUUUUUAGAAUAACUUAAGGCAGAAAGAAAUAUUUUUGAGAUUCUUAAUAGUAAUUUUGUUGUUAAAGCUUAUUUUUCUUUUGUACAUGAAUAAUAUUUAUGUUUUGUUUAAGAAUAUAUGAUGGGAGGAGAUCUUGCUAGUAUUCUUAAAACUUAUACAGUAAUUAUUUUAUAAUUAUAUUUUUAGGCUUUAGAUGAAUUUUAUGUUCGUCAUUAUAUGGCAGAAAUAAUUUUAGCAUUAGAUUAUUUAAGAUAAUAGAAUAUAGUUCAUAGAGAUUUAAAACCAGAGAAUAUUCUUUUAGAUACUUAAGGACAUGCUAAACUAGCUGAUUUUGGAUUAUCUGAAUAAGGAGUUAAUAGUAGAUUAAAGUUAAAGGAUAGUAUGAAUUCAUUCAAUACUAUUGAAAUACCUACAUGUGUAGAAUAAAUGAUUGAUAAAUAAGGUUAUUAAACAGUAUAUAAACAAUUAAGAAAAGUAGAAUCUAUUUUAGUUGAUAAACCAGGAAGCAAAACUAAAAAGUUAAUUAUUUAUUAUAAUUUUAGAAUUGUUGGAACUCCUGAUUAUAUUGCUCCAGAAAUUAUAUUAGGAACAUCUGCUAGUAAUUUCAGUUGUGAUUAUUGGAGCUUAGGAAUUAUUAUGUAUGAAUUAUUAUGUGGAAUUGCUCCAUUUAAUGAUGAUACGGUUGAAAAAAUCUUUGAUAAUAUUCUUAAUAUGAAAAUUGAAUGGCCAUUGAUUGGUGAAGGAGAUGAUUGUAUUUCUUAAUAAGCUUAUGAUUUAAUGAUAAAACUAUUAGAACCUGACUUUUAAAAUAGAAUAGGACAUAAAUCUAUUGAAGAAAUUAAGAAUCAUCAUUUCUUUAAAGGUAUUUUGUUUAAUAAUCCAUAAGGAAUUUCUUGGAAUACAUUAUUGUGUAAACCAGGUUUAAUUAUUCCUGAAUUAAAUUGUGAAUCUAAAGAUACAGAAAAUAUGCACCUUUUUCUCAAAAAAUUAGAAAAAACAAAUAAAGAUAGCGAAAAUAAAAAAUUAACCUAAUAAUUAAAAGCAUAAUUAUAAAGCUUAGAAAGAAUUGAUCUACUUAAAUAGAGAAGUAUUUAGGAAUCAGAAAAAUACUUGUAUAUCAAUUUUUAUUAAUUAGGUAACAAGUGAAACUUGAACAAUCAAAAUUAAAUUAAUAGAUUGAUUCUCUAACUCAAUUUUAAGCUAAAAUUUACUAAACUUAUUCUAAGAUGUAGUGA